AUGCCUACUUUAGUCUGGAAAAGAUUAUGGAAGGUUAAUGUGUCUCAUAAAGUGAAGUUAUUUAUAUGGAAAUGCUUAAAAGGGAUUGUCCCUGCUUUAUUCAAAAUCAGCCAUUACAAGACUGGAAUUGAUACUUUCUGCCCUCAUUGUGGAUCACACAAUGAAACUCUAGAACAUCUUCUUUAUGACUGCACUUAUGCUUCAUCUGUCUGGAUGGAUAUGAAUGUUAAUGUUUCUAAUUUACAGACUCAUCACAUCUCAGUAUCCACAUGGAUAAUAAGCUGGUUUACUUCCUUUCAAGCUGCCCAUAAUGACCAAUACAAUAACUGGUUGCUUAUCUUAAUGAACACUGCCUGGCAGAUUUGGAAAAAUCGCUGUGAUAAGCUCUUUCGGAACGAAAGUCCUAACAAGUGGAUCACACUCAGUAAUAUUAGAUGGGUGAUAAGGCAAUGUGAGAAUGAGCAAGGCCAGAAUAAGCAAGUUAGGCCAAAAAAUAACAACUGGAAACCGCCGGCGAACAACCAACUUAAGAUCAACAUUGAUGCAUCAUUUGAUAAUGUAACAAAAAAAUUUGGAAUUGGGCUAAUUGCUCGUGAUUCUGCAGGCAAAUCCAGGGGCAUCAGGGGCAAGAGUUGCAAUGGAGGACUAGACCCUGAAUAG